UAAAUCAAUCAUCUUUCUCACAAUAUUCACGUGAUACACAUGACCACUCACUUUACUACUUUUGUAUCUGUAGGUCCUCCAUCGCUGCCGUACGUACGUGUCUCCACGCGCUUACGACCUACUUAUGUCGCCUCCUCCGCUCAUCCUCCUCCUCGUUCACUCCGCUCCUCCUUUUCUCGCCGGAAAUACUUUUUCCCUCCAAAAUUCACCAUGCCUGCCACCGCCGUUGCCGAUUUCCCCGACGAUGGCGACGAGCUGAUAUUGCCUUUGGAACUUGCCGAUGAAUCUGAUUUUGAUCGAAUUGUAUCAUCCGAUGGACUUAUCACUAUCUGUGGCUUCGGUUCUCUCCUCUCAGAGAGGAGUGCUCAGAGUACAUUUCCGGAUCUGAUCAACUUCAGAGUGGCGAAAUUAAGUGGAUUUCGGAGAGUGUUUGCUCAUGUGGCGCCUAUUUUCUUCGAACGUGGAAUAGCUAAACCUGAAACCAAGGAAAUAUCAAGCUUGAGUGUGGAGCCCUGUGAAGGGGAAACUCUUAUAGUUACCAUCUUCGAGAUUCAGAGAUCAGAGAUUCCAGCAUUUAUUGAAAGAGAGCACGAGUUUCGUUUUUUAGCUGUAAUCCCAGAAACGCUAAAUGAAUUGUUUUACAUCAAUCCAGCAGUUAUUUGUGCCCGUUAUAGUGAUGAGGAGUAUCUGAAAAAUAGAUGCAAAGGUGAUAAAGAAAUCUUCUUCCAGCAGUAUGGACGGUACAAUAUUGACAAGAUUUGGCGCGAUGAUAUAUUCCCUUGCCGUGUCUAUCUCCGCCAUUGUGUUCUGGCAGCUCAAAAUCUUGGUGAUCUGGCCUACGACAACUUUCUUGAUCAUACCUUCCUUGGUGACCGUAGAACUACAAUACGCGAGUACUUGUCAACAACUGGUUCUGGAAUCAUGGAAGAAGAGCCUCCAGAGUUGCUAAAAGAACGAUAUGGCGGUUAAGUCUGACGCUCAUAUCAAAUUACAUUGCUCGAUUUAUAGCUAUUCCACUAGAUGUCAAUGAAUGACACUAAAAUUUUAGGUUUCUGUAUAGUCAUUGAGGUCAUCAAGCAACUUUGCUGACUAACUCCAUAUUAGGUAGUAUAUCAGAAAUGUUUGUGAUUGGUAUCACAAAUAGACUGCAUCGACUUGUAGUCAGUACUGACAAACUUCUGCUCAAUCAAAAGUGAGUGUUUUAGGUCUAUCAAGUAUCAUGUUGAAUA